CAAAAAUGGCCCCGACUCCCUGGUGGAAAAACGCCAGCAUCUACCAGAUCUACCCGGCCAGUUUCCAAGACUCGAACGGCGAUGGCAUCGGCGAUCUCCCCGGCAUUAUCAGCCGACUGGACUACAUCCAAUCGCUAGGCGUCGACGCCAUCUGGGUGUGCCCGAUGUACGACAGCCCGCAGUACGACAUGGGCUACGACAUCUCCGACUACGAGGCCGUGUACGCGCCGUACGGGAAGGUCGCGGACGUGGAAGCCCUGAUAGCCGGCUGCCACGCGCGCGGGCUGCGCAUCCUCCUGGACCUGGUCAUCAACCACACUUCGCACGAGCACGCCUGGUUCCGCGCCUCGCGCUCCUCGCGCACCGACCCAAAACGCGACUGGUACAUCUGGCGGCCGCCGCGCUACGACCCGGCCACGCGCCAGCGCCAGCCCCCCAACAACUGGCGCAGCUUCUUCGGCGGCAGCGCCUGGGCCUGGGACGAGCCCACUCAGGAAUACUACCUGCACCUCUUCGCUCCGCAGCAGCCGGACCUCAAUUGGGAGAACCCCGCUACCCGCCAGGCCCUGUACGCCUCCGCCAUGGAGUUCUGGCUGCAACGCGGCAUCGACGGCUUCCGCGUCGACACCGUCAACAUGUACAGCAAACCCCAAGACUUCCCGGACGCCCCCAUCCUCGACCCAUCCAACCCCUACCAACCCGCCGCCUCCCUCUUCUGCAACGGACCGCGCAUGCCCGAGUUUCUCACCGAGAUCAACCAGGUGCUCCGUAAAUACCGACCGCACGGCGACGCCAUCACCGUCGGCGAGCUCCCCGCCACCCCGGACCGUUCGGAUGUGCUGCGCUACGUCUCCGCAGCCGCAAACCAGCUCAGCAUGGUCUUCCAAUUUGACAUCGUCGACUGCAACAUGGGCGCCGACCUGCGCUUCAACACAGUCCCACACACCUGGACGCUAUCUGACCUGCGCGCCCGCGUCGCCGCCACGCAGACCCUGAUGGACGGGUCGACGGAUGGGUGGAGCACCGCCUUCCUCGAGAACCACGACCAAGCGCGCUGCGUUUCCCGGUGGGGGAGCCCGGGCAAGCACUGGGAGAAAAGCGCGAAGAUGCUCGCUAUGCUCGUCGCUAGCCUCUCCGGUACAUUGUUCCUCUACCAGGGCCAGGAGAUCGGUAUGACGAAUGCCCCCAACCACUGGGAUGUGGGGGAGUAUAAGGACGUCGAUAGUGUGAACUACUACCGCUACGUGCAGGAAAGCACUGAUAAUGACCCCGUCGCGAUACAGAACGCCAAGCAGGCGCUGGAUUAUCUGGCGCGUGACCACGCCAGGCUGCCGAUGCAGUGGAGCGCGGCGCCGCAGGCGGGGUUCACGGAUGCGGAAGCGAAGCCGUGGAUGCGGGUGCAUGAUAACUUCAAGGAGGUGAAUGUGAAGGGACAGACUGACCAGGAAGAUUCGGUGCUGGGGUUCUGGAAGGCGUUGUUGGGCGUGAGGAAGCAGUUUCCGGGGGUGUUUGCGGCGGGGGUGUAUCGGGAUGUGGAUCCGGAGAAUGAAGAAGUGUUGGUGUUUGAGAAGUUGGGGCGGGGGGAGAAAUUGGUUGUCACGCUGAAUUUUGGGACGGAGGUGAGGGAGGUUCAGGAGUUGGAAGGGCUGCUAAAGGGAAAGAGCUGGAGAGUGCUGGUGGGGAAUUAUGAGGGGGAUGGGAUGGAGGCGCUAAGGCCUUAUGAGGGAAGGAUAUAUUUGGUGGAUGUUGAGACUGCGACUGUCGCGUGA